GUAAGCUUGCUGAUGACAGGUUUGUGAUGGCUUGACGAUGCCUUCCCGCAGUAAUGAGCUCAUCUUCGCAUCAUUUUACUCGGCCAAAGGCCUUUUGCCAGUCAGCCCCACCGCAGAGAUAAGAGUAGGCGAGUGAAGGAGGCGGACCAUGAUCUCUGGUUCGCCCAUAUAGGCAGCUGAGCUUCGAUGUGGAAGACCGUGACAACAAGCUGUUUGUGCUGCCAUGGCUUGUUUGACAUUGCAAGGCUGCGGCGUGAUGCCAAUGGGGCGCAAGACGCUCAAGCAGGGCCGCUACCUCCUGCGGGGCCUGAUCAGGAAAGGAUCUUCGUGUGUUGCGCAAGACACCGAGGAAAAUGUCGCCGUCGCUGUGAAGAUGUGCUGCAGCCCCAAAGAAGGAGAGCUCCAUUCACUUUUUGUGCACCCAAACAUCCUCAGAGUGAGGGAGGUAAGCGAAGGAAAGGAUGGCCAUAGCUUGAGAUGGGUUGUCUAGCUUGAGAUGGGUUGUCUGACUUCUCACCUUUCAGCAUUUCGUGGCAGAGGGCCUUGUGUGCCUUGUGACCGAUUUGUGGGACUGCGGGACGCUUGAGGACUUGAUUGAUAGCUUUCUGUGGAGGACAAUACCCAUCGAAUUGAAGGAGGCAAUCGUUCGCCCCUGGUGGGUGUGGAAUGUAUGCAGAUGCCUGCAUUGCCCGCAAACACGGACACACAUCAAUUACACGCAGGAUGGUUGCACUGCUGAAAGCGUUGAAGUGUAUGCACGACCAGGGUGUACUUCAUCGGUAAACCAUGGCAGAGAAGGAACAAUCAGAAACAACCUCGUCAUCAAGGUGUCUCUUCAGGGAUGUGAAGCCGUCUAAUGUUCUCCUCAGCAGAGCAAAGGGGAUACAGCUCGGCGAGCUCGGAUGUGCAACGACUUUUGAUGUGAGUGAGGGCUGCACUUGUUUUCAGUGUACCUUUACAGCGGUCUGGUCUUUUUCUUUGCAGCGCUACGCCGAGAAGACUCGCUUGGAGCCAUGCUGGGGUUCUGUAAUCUACGAAUCAGCUGAGGUGAGAAGCCACCCGCUGUUUUCAUGUCUUCACCGCUCCUCGCCUCUUCAGGCCAUUGAAGGAAGGACGGUGGCUUACCCGACGCUUGUGGACAUAUGGAGUGUUGGGUGAGUAGCCUGAUUUUGUCCCAUAACCGAUCUACCAGGCUCAUGCUCAUUGUGCAUUCCAGGAUAAUGGUGUCUUCCUUGCUGUUCAAUGAGUACCCUUUCGAGCAGCACAAUGCCCUGUGUCGUCGUUUCCUGGCAGAGCCCACAUCGUCUCUUGAGCCAUGCGUAUCAUUAUCCGUCCCAUUCGGCGAUAUUCGUGUACGUAAGAGCAUGAUGGGUGAUGAAUGGUAGAUGUGCUGGCUUGUAGAGCAAGCAUGACGGAGUGUUGUGUGCAGGCGACGGAGGGUUGUUCGAAUGGCCUGACGGACUUGCUCACACAGCUGCUGGCCCCUGAUGUUGAGAACCGGCUGUGCACCGCUGACGAAGUUCUGGCGCAUCAUUGGUUAUCAACAUGAUAAAUUGUUUUGCAUGGACAUGUUGUCCUUUUCUUCGCACAGGUUUCACGCUGGUAGCAAUUUGGUGAUUGAGACACAGGAGAAUGAGACCAUCGCCGAGCUGUCAUCUUCGAUCAAGGCGCUGACAGCCGAAAACAAUGCGCUCUCACGAGGUGUCGAGCGUCUCGAGGCCACAAUCAUGCAGCUCGAGAGCAAAAAGGUAAGUCUGACUCACGCUCACCCUCAUCAACUUUCCUUUUCUCCACGACGAGCCCUCUGCUCAAUGCAUGUAGGAUGAGCUACAGCGCGAUGCAGAGAGAGUGGAACAGGAAAAGGUACGCGCAGCCAUGCAAGUCCAUUUGUCUUUUCCUCAUCAACUGCUUUUGGGUUCUGCGUGCAUCAUGCGUCCACAGAUGAAGGCACUGGCAGAUGUUCAGCACUUGCAGCGGUCAACGGCCACUCAGGUCGAGGCUUGUGAAGUGCUCUCGCGGGCAUUGGAGGCUGGCAAAAAGGAGAAAAGGGCUCUCGAGAUGGAGACAGAGGCCAUGCGGGAGAUGAUCGCGAAUGAUAAGAGACACUUUGAGGAGUGCUCAAUCUCCCACAAAGAGGAGCUACAAGCGCAAAGUGACAGCCAUCGAGAGCUCGAGAAGCGCUGCGGAUCGAUGGAGGAGCAGAAAGUGAGCUUGUGCGAACGAAAACAUGAUCCUUCCCGUUAUCGAUUGUUCGAUUCAGGAUCAGCUGAAUAAAACGAUUGAGAUGACAAACAAGCAAAACAACGAGCUGACAGAGAGGCUGGAGGCGAUGAGAAGAGAAAAUGUACGUAAGCAAUGUGCUGUUCUCAGCUGAUGUUCUUCCUCACUGUCCAUCAUAUUUGUCUGCUUCAAGGUCAGCUCUUGGAGGAAAUGAAGGCUAUUAGGAGGAGGAACGAGGAGUUGGAAGAGAAUUCUGAGACAAUCAAGAAAGAAAAUGUAAGCCGUGCGUCUCAGCUUCGAACGAUAGCUACUCCAUGUCCGUGCCACAUGUAUGUCGCACUUGUAUUGUUGGACAGGCGAAACUGAUGGUGACAAUCGAACAAAGAGACGUCAGUAACAGAAUCACCUGCGUGUCUAUCAAAAGGGUCUGACCUGCAUGCCGUGUAUUUUUUCAGGCUCAAGCGACGGACGAGCAAAGGACCAGGGAUGGGCUCAAGAAUGAGAUAGCCAAGAUGCAAGCUGCUGUCCAGCGAGAAAAGGGUCAACUGGUGGAGCGAUGCGGCUAUCUGGUACGUCGCUUUUCAAUGGAGACAGCAUACCGACACAGUUGGCUGUUGUCGAGAACAGGAGAAAGAGGUCAAGACGCAGAAGGAUACGGUCAAAACAAAGGAUGUCGCGCUGCGGAAGGAGGAGCGUGCGAGGGAAGCAAUGGAGACGACCAUAAACGAGCAAACGAGGGCACUAGAGGAGCUGCAAAUGGAGAGGAAGACGUGGCUGACGCAAAAGGUGAGACUCAAAGUGGAAGGAGAGAAAGCCAUGAACUUCAUCUGACUGGUCCGACUCAUGACUUCCUUGUCUCACAGGAAGAGUUUGAAUCUACCGUGAAGGAACUAAACGAGCGCCUGGACUGCCAGCUGGUAGAGAAAAAUGCUCUGCGAGAGCAAAUGGACGUGUUGGAGAGCCAGAAAAAAGACGCAUCGGAUCACAUCCAGGAGCUGAAGGUAAACCAUGAGAGAUAAACCGAUUGUGAAUAGCUGGAUUGUUGAUUCAGGAGAGUUUGGCAGACGUCCGAAAGCAGCUAAUGGAGGAGACAGCUUAUCAACUUGCGAAGGAGGAUGAGAAUCGUAAACUGGAGGAGGCCCUGACUGAUCGAGACAGAGAGAUCGAGUCUCUCAAGGUGAAAGCAAGCGCCCGUGCAGCAGCUUGCCAGAGGCAGACAAUGUCUUGUGCGAUUCUCAGGCGAAGAUUGAGGAGCCAGAAGCUGGGAACAGUCACCUCUUAGAGCAGCUCCGCAUGGCCGAUGAGCACCAGGUAAUAUGUCGUUUCGACUGCUCAUCGCACGUCUGUGGGUGUCUGUGUGUCUAUUGCAGAGGUCUCCAAAAAGAUCGUCUGUAGUCAUGAGAAUGUCUGGCCAUGGAGCGCGGCGUGAUCCAGCCGCCUCCUUGGAUACAUCUGAAGGCCCGCUAGAUGACAGUGUUUCAUAACAGAAUCGCUACAUGCAUCUUACACGUCCUCCAUGAUUCGACAUGAAUGCAAAUGCCGAAUAGAAAAUUGGAUUGAUAGGACAAUGAUAGGAUGAG